GUGUUGGGAUCCCCAUAGGAUUUGGGGUGUUGGGAUCCCCGUGGGUUUGGUGUGUGGGGUUUCCCACGUUUCUGCGCUGUCCCCGCAGGGAUCAGAAGGCGGCGGAGCAGCUGACGCGGACCCUUCGUGGCGUGAUGCGCGUGGGGCUGGUGGCCAAAGGGCUGCUGCUGAAGGGGGACCUGGACCUGGAGCUGGUCCUGCUGUGCAAAGACAAACCCACCUCCGAGCUGCUGCAGAAGGUGGCCGACAACCUGGGCGUGCAGCUGGCGGCCAUCACCGAGGACAAAUACGAGAUCAUCCAGGCGGUCGGCGACGCCGCCAUCGUCAUCAAGAACACGAAGGAGCCGCCGCUGACGCUGACCAUCCACCUGACGUCGCCGGUGGUGCGGGAGGAGAUGGAGAAGCAGCUCGCUGGAGAAACGCUAUCAGUCACCGACUCCCCGGACGUUCUGGACAGGCAGAAAUGCCUUGCUGCCUUGGCGUCACUGCGGCACGCCAAGUGGUUCCAGGCCAGGGCGAACGGCCUGAAGUCGUGCGUCAUCGUCAUUCGCGUGUUGAGAGAUCUGUGUACCCGGGUUCCCACCUGGGCGCCGCUCCGAGGAUGGCCGCUGGAGCUGCUGUGCGAGAAAUCCAUCGGCACCGCCAACAGGCCCAUGGGCGCCGGCGAGGCGCUGCGCCGGGUGCUGGAGUGCCUCGCCUCGGGGAUCGUGAUGCCAGAUGGUUCUGGUAUUUAUGAUCCUUGUGAAAAAGAAGCCACUGAUGCUAUUGGGCAUCUAGACAGACAACAAAGGGAAGAUAUCACACAGAGUGCUCAGCACGCGCUGCGGCUCGCCGCCUUCGGCCACCUGCACAAAGUGCUGGGGAUGGACCCCCUCCCUUCCAAAAUGCCCAAGAAACCAAAGAACGAGAACCCCGUGGACUACACGGUCCAGAUCCCUCCCAGCACGACGUACGCCGUCACCCCGAUGAAGCGGCCCAUGGAGGAGGACGGCGAGGAGAAGUCGCCCAGCAAGAAGAAGAAGAAGAUUCAGAAAAAAGAGGAGAAAGUGGAGCCGCCGCAGGCCAUGAACGCCCUGAUGAAGCUGAACCAGCUCAAACCCGGGCUGCAGUACAAACUGGUGUCGCAGACCGGCCCGGUGCACGCGCCCAUCUUCACCAUGUCCGUGGAAAUCGACGGCAGCACCUUCGAGGCGUCGGGGCCCUCCAAGAAG